UGUGUUUGCGGAGGAAUCAUAUCUGCAUCCUUCUUCAGCUUCAUCCUAGGUUCGUGGGUAGAACUUUCCCUCAAAUCUUUCCUUUCUUUCUUUUUUUUUUUUCCUCUCUAAGCCUUUGCCUGGCUGUGCCUGUCACAGCCAAGUCAGUCAGCCUUAGGUUUCCGAAGUCUGUGAAAUUUGUCAUAAGGGUGUCAGGUAUUUCUAACUGGCUUCCAAAAACAACUUAGAUACUAAGAAAUCAUUCCUGGAGGAUUUUCAGGCUGCAUUUGGAGACUCUCUCUGGAGGUGAAGAAGGAGCUGGAGGAUAGCAACAAAACAGCAAAAUAAAAGAUGCCCCAGGGCCAAAGGCUGACCAGAGUGGACCUGUUGGGGCUCAGACAGACUCACUUUGCCUGGGCGCCACUUGAGCAAAAUCAAGUUACUUUCUAUUGAAGGCUUAGGCCAUCAAGAUUAUGCGUCUCUCACUCAUCCUUCUGUUGCCAGUAGUUGUUAAAUUUAGUUUUGUUAGUGUCUUAGCACAGCAGCACCGGAACUGUCCUGAAGGUCCUCUUGGGAGAGAGGAGACUUUCACUUGUGUGGGUUCUGUGCCCUUCUUAAUUUUCUUCCAUGGAAACAGUAUCUUCAGGAUUGACCCAGAAGGAACGAAUCAUGAACAGUUAGUGGUGAAUGCUGGCAGCUAUGUGAUCAUGGAUUUUCAUUACAUGGAGGAAAGAAUCUAUUGGGUAGACUUAGAAAGGCAACAUUUGCAAAGAGUUUUUCUGAAUGGGUCAAGUCAAGAGAGAGUAUGCAAAAUAGAAAAAAAUGUUUCUGGAAUGGCAAUAAAUUGGAUAAAUGAAGAAAUUAUUUGGUCAAAUCAACGGGAAGGAAUCAUUACAGUAACAGAUAUGAACGGAAAUCAUUCCCAUGUUCUUUUAAGCACCUUAAAAUAUCCUGCAAAGAUAGCAGUUGAUCCAGUAAAAAGGUUUAUAUUUUGGUCUUCAGAGGUGGCCGGCAGCCUUCACAGAGCAGACCUCAGUGGCAUUGAGGUGAAGACUCUGUUAGAGACGCCAGAGAAAAUAACAGCUAUGUCACUCGAUGUGCCUGAUAAACGGCUCUUUUGGGUUCAGGAGAAUAGGGAAGGAAGCAAUUGUCAUAUUUGGUCCUGUGAUUAUGAUGGAGGCUCUGUCCAUGUCAUCAAACAUCAAACACAGUAGGCACAGUUGCUUGCAAUGUCCCUUUUUGGUGACCAUAUCUUCUAUUCAACUUUGAAAAAGAAGGCAAUCUGGAUAGGCAACAAAUAUACCGGGAAGGCUAUGGUUAGAAUUAACCUCAACUCAUCCUCUGUAGCACCGCGUGAACUUCGAGUAGUGCAUCCACUUGUACAGCCCAAAGUAGAGGAGGAUGCUCGGGACUCUGAACGGGAGCUUUGCACACUGAGGAAAGGAAACUGCAGCAGUCUGGCCUGUGGGCAAGAACCCACGUCCCACUUGUGCGUGUGUGCGCAGGGCUACUCUUUAAGCCCAGACGGAAAGUUCUGUGCAGAUGUCAACGAAUGUGCCUUGUGGGAUCAUGGCUGCACUCUUGGGUGUGAAAACACUCCUGGAUCCUAUUAUUGCACAUGCCCCGCAGGAUUUGUCCUGCUUCCUGAUGGGAAACGAUGUCAUCAAUUGGUUUCCUGUCCAAACAAUGCAUCUGAAUGCAGCCAUGGCUGUGUUCUGACAGCGGAUGGUCCCCAGUGCUUCUGUCCUGAAGGAUCAGUGCUUGAGAAAGAUGGAAAAACAUGCAGUGGCUGUUCCUCCCCUGAUAACGGUGGAUGUAGCCAGCUCUGCAUUCCUCUCAGCCCAGUAUCCUGGGAAUGUGGUUGCUUUCCUGGGUAUGACUUACAACUGGACCAAAAACGCUGCACAGCUUCAGGACCACAGCCAGUUUUGCUGUUUGCCAAUUCUAAAGAUAUUCGACACAUGCACUUUGAUGGAACUGAUUAUGAAUCCCUGCUCAACCAGCAGGUGGGAAUGGUUUUUGCCCUAGACCAUGACCCUGUGGAAAACAAGCUAUAUUUUGCCCAUACAGCCCUGAAAUGGAUAGAGAGAGCGAAUAUGGAUGGUUCACAACGAGAAAGGCUUAUUGAGGAAAGAGUAGACACACCAGAAGGUCUUGCUGUGGACUGGAUUAACCGUAGAUUCUAUUGGACCGACAGAGGGAAAUCUGUCAUUGAAGGGAGCGAUUUGAAUGGAAAUCAUCGUCAAGUAAUCAUUCAGGAGAACAUCUCUCAGCCUCGAGGAAUUGCUGUUCACCCAACAGCCAGGAGAUUAUUCUGGACUAAUACGGGGAUUAAUCCACGAAUUGAAAGCUCUUCCCUGCAAGGCUUCAGCCGGCUGGUGAUAGCCAGCUCCCAUCUGUUGGAGCCUAGUGGAAUCACCAUUGACUACCUAACAGACACAUUGUACUGGUGUGAUGCCAAGCAGUCUGUGAUUGAAAUGGCCAAUCUGGAUGGAUCCAAUCGCCAAAGACUUGCCCAGAAUGAUGUAGGUCACCCAUUUGCUGUAGCUGUGUUUGAGGAUCAUGUGUGGUUCUCGGAUUGGGCUAUGCCAUCGGUAAUAAGGGUGAACAAGAGGACUGGCAAAACUAGGGUACGUCUCCAAGGCAGCAUGCUGAAGCCCUCGUCACUGGUUGUGGUCCACCCAUUGGCAAAACCAGGUGUAGAUCCCUGCCUACAUCAGAAUGGAGGCUGUGAACAUAUUUGCCAAGGGAGGUUUGGAAUGGCUCACUGUUCCUGUCGUGAAGGUUUUAGGAAAGCUCCAGAUGGGAAAAUGUGUCUUGCUCUGAAGGAUCAACGGAAACUGGCUGGUGGUGAAGCUGGCCUAAGUAACCAGACAACACCAUUGGACAACGUAUCUAAGAUUAGAGCAUCAGAAGAUAACAUUACAGAAUCUCAGCACACGCUAAUGGUGGAAAUCAUGGUGUCAGAUCAGGAUGACUGUGCCCCUGAGCGAUGUGGUGGGCACGCUCGGUGUGUUUCUGAGGGAGAGGAGGCUGCUACGUGUCAGUGUUUGAACGGAUUUGCAGGGGAUGGAAAGCUGUGUUCUGAUAUAGAUGAGUGUGAGAUGGGGAGCACAGUUUGCCCUCCUGCUUCCUCCAAGUGCAUCAACACUGAAGGCAGCUAUGUCUGCCAGUGCUCAGAAGGCUACCAAGGAGAUGGGAUUCACUGUCUUGAUAUUGAUGAGUGCCAGUUGGGGGUGCACAGCUGUGGAGGGGAUGCCAACUGCACAAAUACAGAGGGAGGCUACAGCUGCCUAUGUGCCGGUCACCUGUCUGCACCUGGACUGACUUGCCCUGACUCUACUUCACCCUCUCCACCUGGGGAAGAUGGCCGCCCUCUGGUCAGAAAUAGUUACCCUGGAUGUCCCCCGUCACAUGAUGGGUACUGUCUCCACGAUGGUGUGUGCAUAUAUGUUGAAGCCGUAGACAGCUAUGCAUGCAACUGUGUUGUUGGCUACGUUGGGGAGCGAUGUCAGCACCGAGACUUGAAAUGGUGGGAACUACGCCAUGCCAGCCACAGGCAGGAGCGGGACAUCACCGUGGUGGCUGUCUGUGUGGUCCUACUGGUCCUGCUGCUUCUCCUAGGGGUGUGGGGGGCUCACUACUACAGGACCCACAAGCUGUCAUUGAAAAACCCAAAGAACCCGUAUGAAGAAUCAAGCCAAAAUGGGAGCAGUAGAAGGCCUACCAACAGUGAGGCUGGGAUGUCUUCUUGUCCCCAACCUUGGUUUGUGGCCAUAGAAGAACACCAAGACCUCAGGAAUGGGAGACAGCCUAUGGCUGCAAAGAAUGGCCAGGAAGCAGAUGUCCACUUUUCCUCUCUGGAGCCUGGGACAGUGCAACUGUCUUUGUGGAGAUAGGAUCCCCACAUAGAUGGCCUGAGCAUAGAGCAAGGCUACUGGAUCCCAUCAUCCAAUGAUAAGGAAUCUGGUCCUCAAUUAAUGGAGAGAAGCUUUCAUUUACCCUCCUAGGGAAUGGCCCUUGCUGUGGGGGUCUAGAAGUCCCAUUCUCUCCAGUCAGCUAAUCCAUUAUGGCAACAAAGGGCCCCAGACCUACCAUGCUUAAGGGAGCCACCUUAGUGAAAAUUUGAAUUAAAAGGAAGGUCAAGAACAAACCAUGUGGAUAGAUAGUAUAUUUCCUUUCAAAAAAUAGAAUACUAUAGAUUUUGGUCCCUUCAUCUCUGUGGCUAAUCAGUCCAUGUCCUGGAGACAGAUGCAUAGCUGUGCUUUUGUUUCUUUCUUUAAGAAGACACACAGAAGAUUCUCAAAUAAGAGAAAUCAGGAGAAUCAGUAGGUAAUUCAUUAGAGACCAAAAUUUCUUUGUAAAUUGUGCUGUCUUCAAUAGAUAUUUGGUUUGUUUUCCUUGCAGCCUCCAUGGAAAUCUGAAGUUAAAGCAGGUGAUAGACUAGCUUGGUCAGUUGCAAAGUAACUUCUUUGAUUUGGAUGGAAAUGUUAGCUCAAUUUCUCAAAAUGGUUGGAAUAUUACAAUUAUUGUUAAGAUACAUUGUAUGCAUUGAAUUUACCAUUUGAAUGGUCCAUGCUGGUCAUUUUGCAUAAUGGAUUGUAAUAAAUUAAUUUUUAUUUAGCAACCUAGAACCUGAUCUCUUCAGAAUUAGAACACUUAUUUUUAUAUUUGGAAAUCUUUGUAUGAAAAUACUUAAUUUUUGAAACCAUUCCCCAAAGACUUUAGUGCUUCUCGGUCAUUAUUGCUCUUUUUCUCUUGGAAACCUUUUCCCAAUGAAAAUGGUGAAUGUUCUCUUUAUGUGUUCGCACAGAAUUUUUGCUUAUUUUCAAAUAUGAGAUUGUAAGCAAGUUUCCAGAUUUAUGUUCAUUAUGGAUAGCAAUCAACUUAUAAUUAUUUAAAUAAAAUCACCAUAAGACAUUUUAUUGUAUACUUUGUCAACUAGUUAAUUAGCGUUAAAUCAAAGUGAUU